GUUUAAACAUAAGAUAACAGUUCGAAAUUAUUAGUUUUCUUAGUUGGUAAACAAUAAUCAUAUAAAAGGUGGCAAGAUUUCGAACAGCGAUGUAGAAAUAAUAAAUAUCCCGAUAAGCAGAUUGUUCAAGCAUGUCUCGAAGAUUAUCCGGAAAUUAUCCAGACACCAAUACACCCAUGUUAGAUACACCUGUACGACAAUUCAAGCAAGUGGUAGCCGUGACUUCGGUUUCCCUUGGUACUUUUUGCGCUGGGACGGUCCUUUCGUGGACGUCACCGGCGCUAAGUCACAUCGAGAUACUACCGAAUGCUACCGAACCUAUUUCAUCGUCUUCCCCGCCAAAUUUUACGGUUAAUUCCAAGGAGGCGGCCGUUAUAGCGUCUACGCUUACUAUCGGAGCUCUCGUAUCCGCCAUACCCACCGGAUACUUUGCGGAUAAAGUGGGAAGAAAAAUUACAGUGAUCGCUUUAGCUGCAGCGUUUUUUGUCAAUUGGUGUUUGAUCGGUUUCGCCAACAAUUUCACUAUUGUGGUCGCAGCUAGAUUUUUCGCCGGUAUUGGUUUGGGAGGAAUAUGCGUAGUGGCGCCGAUGUACAUAGGAGAAAUAACUCACGCUUCCUACAGAGGUCUGUUCGGUUCGUUCCUUCAGCUAUUUCUAUCCGGCGGUAUCCUUUUCACUUGCCUAGCGGGUAAUUUCGUCAAUUGGACGUACCUGAGCGUUAUCCUGGCGAUAGUUCCAGUUUUGCUCGGUGCAACGUUCGCUUUUAUGCCCGAAUCUCCCGUUUAUCUACUUGGCAAAAACAAGAGGAAUCGAGCCGAGAAGAAUCUGCAAGAGCUGCGCGGUCCUUUUUACGAUAUUUCCGACGAAAUAAACGGUAUGGAACAGGAGUUGAUGGAGCACGCGAAAAACGCGGGAAUUAUUGAAGUUGUUACCAAUAGAGCCCAUAUGAGAGCGAUAGUUUCGGCGGUGGGGGUAUUGGCGUUUCAACAAUUAUGCGGAAUCAACGCCAUAGUAUUUUAUACGUUGAGUAUAUUCCGAGCGGCGGGAACGGACGUUUCGCCCUUCUUAUCCGCCGUCAUCAUCGAUCUCACGCAAUUUUUGUGUUCGUUUGUACCGAUUGUGGUGACGGAAAAAGCGAACAGGAAAUUUUUUUUGAUGUUAUCCUCGAUCGGUAUGAUGAUUUGUUUGACGGGACUAGGGAUGUUCUUCCAUUUGAAAAUUAUUUUAAGCGACGCGUCAUUUUUGGCGUUCAUACCGUUAAGUAGUUUGGUAUUGUUUAUGGUGUCGUUUUGUAUGGGUUACGGACCGGUACCGUGGAUGUUGUUGAGCGAACUUUUCGCUCCGGAAAUCAAAGGAAUCGCCAGCGGAUUCGCCAUUUUGUGUAAUUGGAUGUGCGCCUUUCUCGUUACGUUUUCCUUUCCGAUAUCGAACGCCGCUUUCGGUAGUCACGUCACUUUUUAUAUUUUGGGGUGCGUCAUGGGUAUAGCGACGUUGUUCGUUCAUUUCGUUGUACCAGAAACUAGGGGUAAGACUCUAGCGCAGAUUCAAGACGAAAUGAAUCGAUAACUUUUUUCAGACUGAUUUAUUUUUAAUAUUUAUUGUACCGUUUUUAAUAAAACAUUUCAGAAAUCGAACGAUCUUUUAAUACGACAAACCGAAUCACGUUCGCACAACGUUGUCGGACUUUAAAAGACCGAGUUUUUCCGAUCACGUGAUUUUCAUAAUAAUUCGCGGGGUGGGAGAUCGUUUGAUGCAUCCCCGGGGAACUUUGAACCUUUCCGAGGUAUAUUCAUCGAUAACAAUUUGGAAGAAUCGGAUUUUAAGCAAACCAGUCCGAUCUUAAUUUAUUUAGUAUGUCUCUAUAGAUGCUUUCAGAGGCCCGGAGUACUUUACUUAUAGUUGAGGUUAGGACAGAUGGUAAAAGGGAAACCGGAAGAAAGUGAAUGAGUUGACUGGAGAGCGUAAAAGAAAGUGGACGGACCUGAAGAAAUACAGAAGAAGAAUUGACUAAUAAAACCUGGUCUCUAAUAUUGAGAAGAAUGUGGUUAUGUCUAACUGAGAUACUUUUGUACUCCAAUUCUACUGUCUAGAAUCUUCUAGAGCUGCAUUUGAUGUUCUACUUCUUCUUCUUUCCCAUUUCCGGCGGUUUGUAUGAAACCUCUUGGAUUCUUUACUUCCCGGUUAGUUCUUCUUCUUCCUCUUUCGUAUAAUAAGUUUUAUUUUGAUUGAAACCCAGGUUUUUCAUAUUUCUGUUCGAUAUAUUAUUAUUUUGGUUGCCCAUAGUUGAUUAUCUACAAACUACUUAUUAGAAAAAAAAGAAUUUCAAGUGGGUUAAGUAAAUUUAUUCAAGCGUUUUCAUGUUAUUAAUAAUAUUGUUAAAUAAAUUUAAAUAUAAAA